UCUCAACGCUCUUCCCUUUUUUUCCCUCGCUUCCCGUGCACCUCGUGAUACAACUUAAGGGGAGAGAGAAGACCAGCGAAGAAGUGAUCGCCGACGCAUCCAUCUCUCUCUCUCUCUCUCUCUCUCUCUCUCUCUCUCUCUCUCUCUCGCCCAUGGAGUCGUCGCGGAGGCGGACGCUCCUCAAGGUCAUCGUCCUCGGCGACAGCGGGGUCGGGAAGACGUCGCUGAUGAACCAAUACGUGAGCAAGAAGUUUAGCCAGCAGUACAAGGCGACAAUCGGUGCCGAUUUCCUCACCAAGGAGGUCCUCAUCGAAGAUAAGCUUGUCACCUUGCAGAUAUGGGAUACAGCAGGGCAGGAGCGGUUCCAGAGUCUCGGCGUAGCAUUCUACAGAGGCGCAGAUUGCUGCGUGCUAGUUUACGACGUCAAUGUUAAGAGAAGCUUUAACACACUCAAUACCUGGCAUGAUGAGUUCCUCAACCAAGCUAGCCCAUCAGAUCCUAAACAUUUUCCGUUCAUUCUGGUCGGGAACAAGAUUGAUUUAGAUGGUGGAAGCAAAAGAAUGGUUUCUGAGAAGAAAGCAAAGGAAUGGUGUGCCUCCAAGGGCAAUAUCCCCUAUUUUGAAACCUCUGCAAAAGAGGACUACAAUGUUGACACUGCUUUUCUAUGCAUUGCCAAGCUUGCUUUGGAGCACGAGCAUGAUCAAGACAUUUACUUCAAUACAGUUGCAGAACAAGUCCCAGCGGAUACUGAACAGAGAAGCGGAUGUGACUGCUAGCAGUUGUCCCCUUCUGUUCAUCGACUUAAAUCAUUUCCAAGAAACUCAGGGCACCCUUUAGCUGUCACCGUAUACAAUAAAGCCCACGUAGCAGAUGUUUCACUAGCUUAUAUAUGUAGCCAUUCUUGAUUGUAAGUACAACAUUAGUGGCUGUGUUAGUGGUCUGAUACCUAGAAUACUAAUGGGGUUUGUGCAAGUUCUGCUUGUGUCUGCUCUCCUAGCCCUAGAACAAUAAAAAUGUACCACACUCUGGCAGAAGAUAAUUAUUCUGGCGAAGACAUGUGUACGAGGUAGUCGAACUCGUCGUCAGUUGUAAGUUUUUAACCUCCAACUUUUACUGUAUCUUGAAUUCUUGAUGCAAAUAUCUUGUACUAGCAUAAAUCGUGCA